AUGAGUGAAGACCACGAAGAGUUGCUACAGGAAUUGGAGUCUGUAGAGGCUAUAUAUCCGGGCUACGUAACGUUACACACUGCUGAUUCGAGUAUUGUGUCUAUCAAGGUGCCCCAGCAUGAGUAUGUGACUGUUCAAAUAUCGUUCCCAGCGAACUACCCAUCUAAAGGCACACCGAGAGUAAUGGAAUUAAGGUAUGAUGAUGAGUCCCGAGUGGUUUCUCAGGAUCAAAAGUUUCUCAAGCAAUUAUUUCAGGAAGUGAUGGAUUCUGCCUACUACCAGAAUGGACAAAACGCAGUAUGUUUAUUCGAUUUCCUAACAGAAUUGGAUGGUAUUUUGUACGUGGAGCCCGAACAAUCUGAAGAGGCAAGCGAAACGGUAGCAUUACCUACUGACCCAUUUGAGCACUGGUUCGCUUCGGAACCUAUCACUGAUAGAGGCUCGACAUUCAUGGGUUUUGCAACUAGGGUGGAUUCUGAAGAAGAGGCAUUCCAACGACUCGAAACUCUUAAAACUGACUCUAAGAUCAGAAAGGGCAACCAUGCGAUGUGUGCUUGGAGGAUUAGACAAAAAUCUAGCGAUAGCCAACGAGAUAUUAUAUUUCAGGACUCUGACGAUGACGGCGAAACAGCAGCGGGCUCACGAAUGCUUCAUCUGAUCACGAUCAUGGACGUGUGGAACGUCAUGGUGGUCGUAGUGCGUUGGUUCAACGGGACACAUCUGGGUCCCGACAGGUUCAAGCACAUCAAUUCUGCUGCAAGGGAAGCAGUAAUCAACGCGGGGUUUUGA